CGCGAGGCCUUGCAUUAGUUUCCUGGUUUCAUGCGUGCUAUACCCCUUGUAUCGUUCACGCCCGGCCGACACCUGCCAUGUUGUUCAGGGACCCUCUCGCUGAUCUUCUGAUCUUCGAUGGUUCCACGAGUAACCUGGGCCUGUGUAUACAAACACAACCGCCCGAGUGGUGGCUCUGUCUGUCAAGAUGUACGUCGUUGGGAAUAUCUUGCACCAAACAAUGGCCUACCCGGCAGCCGUCAACUGCUCCGGCGCAGCCCGGCGCAUCCUCCUCCUCCCCACCACCACCACCCGGCCGGCCACCCGAUCCUUCCCCAGAAGACUCUCCGCCGUCACCUCCCGACCCAUCACCACCCUCCCCUCGACUCCCCGAACCAAAUCCAAAUCAACCCCCAAAACCCAACCACCAACAACACCACCACCGCAACCCCUCCAAACAAGAAGAACCUACCACUCCACCACCCACCCCCCUCCCCCCAGCCCCUUCACCCAAGCCGAAACAACCCUCCUCACCACCGCCUUAACCUCCCACAUCCACACCCACGGGUUCACCCUCCCCUCCCUCACCCUCGCCGCCCGCGACCUCUCCCUCCUCGACAUCUCCCCCUCCUUCCUCGGCCCCUCCCCCGUCGCCCGCCUGAUCCACUUCCACCUAUACACCACCCGCACCACCCUCCCCUCCCUCGCCAGCCAGCACAGCGACCUCCUCUCCGGCCUCUCCGUCUCGGAAAAAUUCGAACUCCUCACUUGGCUGCGCCUAAAGCAAAACGAGCCCAUCAUACAGCACUGGCAGCAGGCCCUCGCGGUCAUGGCCCAGCCCUCCCAGGUCCCCGUCGCCGUCAGGGAGCUCGCCAUGCUGGCAGAUGAGAUCUACUAUCUUGCCGGGGAUAAAAGUGUUGAUCCGAGCUGGUACACCAAGCGGGCGGCCCUCAGUGGUAUCUAUGCCGCGGCCGAGUUGUUCAUGACGACGGACAAGAGCGAGGGGUUCCAGGAGACAAGACGGUUCCUCAGGAGGAGGCUUCAAGAGGCCGAGGAGCUGGGCGGGGCGGUUAGGAGUGUCGGGGAAUGGGUUGGCUUCACGGCGAGCGCGGGGGUCAAUCUGUUGAGGAGCAAGGGGGUUAGGAUAUAA